AGGGGAACUAUCCAUUGCUUUGGAAAAAGAGAAGGGACAAUGCUUUGCUUGCUGUGAGAAGCAACGCCCCCAGCAAGCAAAACGUACAUGGAGGAAGCAAGCAAGGAACCAUGCGUUGUGCAGAGAAAGGAACAUAGCUGCCGACUGCCGUGGUGCCUCACAACAGUUAGCACUACACUCCUAAGUCCUGCCGCCCUCCGCCUCGCGAUUGCAUUUGCCGGGUCCUGUUCGAUCUGAGGGCGAGCACGCAUCAAUGGAAUGAUGGGUUAGAUCGAUGCGCCUUCCUUUAAUUAAUUAAUUAAUUUGGACAGACGGAAGGAUUGUUCUCCACAGGUGUUGAUUGAUCGAACCAGCGGAUUCAUGGGUUAGAUCGGCGUUCGUGCGCGCAUUUCCUGUCUGUUGUUGUUCUUCUAAGGCAAGAGGGAUUUCAUCAUGGAAACAUGGUUUAUCUACGCAAGAGAAGUUGAUGGCGCCAGAGAGCAGAUACUUGAGCGUAUCCUGCUUUGGCGUGACAAAAAGGUCAUCUAUUUUAAUGGUUGGAGUGGCUUUGGGGCUGCCCCGGUUCUCAGGUCCAUAGAACAAGAACUUCGGUCAAUCAAAGCUAAGAAAAAUCCUUCAAAACUAUGCUUUGACUCAAUAAUUUACAUAGAUUGCUCAGCAUGGGAAAGUAGAAGGGUGAUGCAGAGGAAAAUCGCAGAUGAGCUAAAACUAGACCCUGAAACAGUGAUGGCCAUGUUUGACAAGCAGGAUGAAGAGGAUGACUUCAAUGGGGUGGACCUUGGCUCUAGGGAUGUGAUUCCUAGUGUUUCCCAAGUGAUUGCCCAAAACUUGUUUAAUAGAAAAUUUGUGAUGGUUUUCCUUAAUGGAAGUGAUGACGAAGUUGAUGUACGUAACUUUGUCAUUAGUCCUGUCUAUCUCGACCACGUUAUAGUAUGGACGUUCAAAAGACGGUCUUUGACUAUACAUGACCACCUUGAUGAGAUAGAAAGCAAGCUAAGAUACACCCACGUUUUUGCCAGUACUGACAGUUCAGCCAACCAAUUAGAAACUUCAGAAUUUCAUGCACUCCUGCGUGAAGAAGCAGCUAACAUAGUUGCUCGCCACCAAUGGAUGCAAGGCGUCGACCCAACAAUGGUAAUGGAGUGUUGCCUGUACGAGUUGUUCUUGCAAUAUAGUUUUCACAGGGCCACGGGAUUUGAUUGGGUGGCUCAUGCUCCAAACUACUGGAUGUGUGAUGGGAUAAUUAAGGGAGAUGGAACAAGGGAGAUUACUGAUGCAUUGCAUCAGGAAAUACAUUGGGUGUGCGAUAAUGCUUCUCUGCUUGACAAAGUGUUUGAAAGACUACUCAUGAAAGAUCCGGAGGCUCCAUUUUUGGUGGUCAAGAAGGAUGGUAUUUCUUUCUCUAGAGAGAGCCCAUGUUGUCGUUGGAUUUGUAUGACCUCAAAGAAUCUGACAAUACAAGAAGAUACAAAAGCUAUAUUGGAAAGGGCAUCGUCUUUGUUCGUAGCACUUGACGAGUCUGAGAACCCACAAGGCUCACCAAAUGUGUUUCUUAAACACUGCUGCAACCUUGGCGUGCUAAUUCUCUGUCAUUGCAGCUUCAGUUUUAUGUCACCUCCUUUCCUCCAGUGUGAGGGAUUGAGAUUCCUCGGAUUGGAUCACUGCACACAUGACAACAAAAGUGAAGGCGGAGAGAACAAUGCAAACUGGGUGUGUCUACAAAGCCUAUGGGUACUUGACUUACGUUACACAGAAUGGGAUGAUAUCUUAUCUGAAGAAAAUAUGGAUAUCAUGACCAACCUCAGGGAGCUAAAUAUUGAGGGAUUCAUGUGUUGGCAGUUAAUAAGUAGUAGAUUACAGGGAAGGUUGUGUUGCCUCCAGAAGCUUCGGAUAAUCAAACCCACUCGCAAAGCAGAGAUGCCAUCAAUAGAUUGCUACAACUCAUUUGUGGACAAAACAGAUCUGGAAAUACUUGAUUUGUCAGGUAAUAGAGACAUGGAAAAUCUGCCAGCAAACUUAUCAAUGGCAAAGAGCCUCCAGAUGCUUUUCCUUGAUGGUUGCGACGGGCUAGAGAAUGUUGCUGUGCCAGACGGGCUUCACUCUUCCCUAAGGUCAUUUAGUUUUGAUGGAUAUGGACCGGCAACCAAAUGGACAUCAUCCUUUAAGCUGCCCCAGGAAUUUUCUGAACCAAAACAGUUGCACUAUGCACACGAAAGGGAUGCCAAAACCUCCAAGAUAUCCCUACAAGGCUGCACACAAUUGGAGAAUUUGUUUGUACGCGGACUACCUAAUCUUGUGGAGCUAGACCUCUCAGGAAGUACAAUCAAGGUACUUGACCUCAAAACUAAGAUGGUAGAUGUCCCAGAAUUCAAGUGGCUCUUUUUGCUGGGUUGUGAAAACCUUCGUGCAAUAAUUUGGGGAUCAGAUGAUUCAAUGCAACAGCUAAAGCUGGAAGUGGUGUGCAUAGACACACGAGCUAAGAGGACACUUGGACUUACUCGGCCGUCCCUUGUCCAGCAUAAACAUUCAAGCUUGCAGUUGCAUGCUGUUCUUGCAGACGCGAGGCUCGGCAGGUCCUUGUGGUGCCUGGUGGAUCAAAGAGGCGAUGAGGGUAUUCGUUUCAAUAUCCAUGUCACCUCUUCAGUUGAGUACGGUGGGGGUGUUCAACUCGAAGCGACGGUCAAGGAGAAGACUGCAGGACCUAGUAAUAUUGUUCUAGCGAGUCCGUAUAUUGAUGUAACCACCGUGAUCGGCAACAAUAAUGUCCCAAUGCUGGUGUUUCCACAGCCCCCAGCUCUACGGUCAGAUCGUCAUAUUGAGAUUAGUGAUGGGGGCCGAAGCUUGGGUAGUGAACUACUGGUGGAAGAUUUCUUCUCUUUAGGUGGGCUAACAAGAUGGUACGCCGAAUCCCUGCACGUGCAUGAUGCCGCAACCAGCGCUAGCAUGCCCUCGUCGUACUGGCGUCAACUGAAGUGGUGCCACGUGGAGAGGUGCCCCAAUUUGGAUACGAUCUUCCCUGCAAUGGCAACGGACAACAAAAAUCAACUACGGACCAUCUGGGCAUCGGAUCUCCGGAUGGCCCGGUGCAUUUGGAGCCAAGGUGUCAAAAGCAUCGAGCAUGGUUCCUUCCAAAAGCUGGAGCACCUACACCUGCGUUCCUGCCCGAGGCUCCAGUUCGCACUGCCGGUGUGGGUCGCCUCCUUCCCCAGCCUGGAGACCCUCCACAUCAUCCGCUGCGGCGACCUCACGCACGUCUUCGUGCUGGACAAAAAGUACCCGGAGGGGAUAGUCGCCCGCGGCCUACCGUUCCCAAAGCUGACCACUAUCCACCUUCACGACCUGCCGAAGCUGCGGCAGAUAUCUGAGGUCAAGAUGCUCGCGCCAGCGCUCGAGACCAUCAGGAUCAGGGGGGUGCUUCGGCCUGCGCCGACUGCCGGCCUUGCAGGGCCGCGAGCACGGCGUGAAGCGGCCGGCCGUCGAGAUGGAGAAGGACGUCUGGGACGCACUGCAGUGGGACGGGCUCGCCGCCUGCCACCACCCCAGCCUCUUCGAGCCGCCCGUGCACUCGCGCUACUUAGAGCUGGGACUUGCCGUGUCAUUUUUGGGCGGACCGCGGCACGAUCAUUUGGUACGACCCAAAACAUGGCACGCCACGAAAUAUUUUAG